AAUUAUGACUAAGUAUUUCGUAGAUAAAAAAAUUAUCGCGGCUUUAUCUAGUCUGUGUGACUUUUCAUAUCAUAAUUCUUCACUGUAGUUUACAAUUGGUGAUUUAAUCUAGUGAUCAUAGCGCGAGACUUACACCAUUUAUUCGUUCAGGAUUAUCACAGUUCGCAAGCAAAGCGACCAGUUCUUUCAAGAGUAGAUUACGAAUGGCGCAGCAAUACGCAAUGAACGCAUAUCAGUCACUUUUGGAAGACGAAGAGGAGACAAUCGCAGUAGGUGACGACAGCGAUGCUGACACGACAGAGACAUUACGAGAAUCAAACAAAUGGGACGUCUUCUGGGAGACAUCGCAGAACGACGUGACAUCAAGUGACCUUGACUUCUGGAAGAAUGCUUUCAAGUUCACGAAGGUCGUUUUCGCAAUUGUCUUGUUAGUUAUCGUCCUCGGAACUGCCAUAAUCUCGAAGGGAACGCUGAUUCUGAUCGUCUCCAACAUUUUCCCGCCAAAUGCUCUACAUAACUCAAGUCUGAAGACGGUGAACGGGUACUUCCGGUACCACACCACAGACACUGCAACAAGGUAUAUCUGGUCCCUGGUUUUGAUUGUCCUGGCUCCCUAUGUCUACACCAUCAUCUCAUGCCUGCGGCGACUCAUCUUCAAGAAAAUAAAGCCGAUAGAAAUCAAGCCUUUGGUUUUGAUGCUCGUGACGGAGACUGCGCACUCAGUCGGCCUGAGUAUCUUCCUGUUUGGCCUGCUACCCAAUCUAGACCCGAUUUCCGGUUUUGCUUUCUGCAUGAGUGCGGCUCUUAUUCCCGCCAUACUGAACCUCGUAUAUCCAGAAAAUUCACAAAACAAAUCAGAAAACUCCAAAUGUAAACACAUGCGACGCGUGGUGUCAUUGGUCGCCAUGAUUUCCAGCGUGCUAUCCAUAUCGUUCUGGGCGGUGUACGUUCACAGGAUGGAAGGGGCGUGGCAGAAGGACUCCACCGGCCUCCUCAUCUUGUUCAUAUUUGCUCCCAUUUUUGUGUCCAUCACGUGGUGGGAAAAUUUCGUUCCAAAGGGGGACAAAAAUGCCACCGGCCUUAUAGGAAUAAAGGGCCAAUUGCACAACUGCAAGAUCAAGGUCUAUUUGAUCGUGUACGCGUGGAAAACCGCCGUCACGAUUGCCAUGGUAACCGUCAUCUACAGCGUGAACUGUGCCGACGGAACAAGCUGCAUUGAAACGCUCUAUAACGUCAGACUCAACGCGACGCUGCUAUCCGAAACGUUUGGAAAAACAUUGUUAGUCGAGAAGGUCGUGCACGAAGAAUGCUCACCUUAUCUACCGUUUUCCGUCGCCAUCGUGAAUAUCGUGUCAAGCUUUGCGUGUUACAAGUGUUGUGUCGUCGCCAACAAGAUCCGCACUCAGAUCCUGAGUUACUCGGUGCCUAUCGUGCUUGCCACCCCUAUAACGGUCGCCAUCAUGGCCACCGAGUUGAUGCGAAACGAGCUAUCCAUGACCUCUGGGUGUAAUCUCCCUUUUCCAAGAUGGAUGGACGGACUGGCCUACGAUUGGUCAAUGAUUGUGGCGAGCAUCAUGGGAUACAUGACAAUUAUUAUGGUGACUACGUACAUUUGGCGGCAAACGAAGCAACGCAUGCAACGAAAACAUCAAAUAUUCGUACAACCGAUGUACUGUGGCGUUCUGCUAGAUCAGUCGUUGCUCCUGAACAGACGGAAAGAAAAGGGUGACAUAAAGUCAAUCGAUGUCAAGAUGAAUGAUAGCGAGACGCCACGACCCGGGGAGCAGAGCUCCCAUAGCCCUCUUCGAAAAGACGACACACCCUUCAUAUACAUUUGCGCCACCAUGUGGCAUGAGACAAAGAACGAGAUGACACAGAUUAUCAAGUCGCUGUUAAGACUGGACACAGAUCAGUGCUCUCGGAUGAACCUGAAGGACUUUGGUAUCAUGGAUCCGGACUAUUACGAAUUUGAGGCCCACAUAUUCUUUGAUGACGCGUUUGAUUACGACGCCGGCGAGUCACGCGCUAAUGGUUUCGUAAAACAACUGAUCAAGACGAUUGAUGACGCAAUCAGUUCCGUCCACACGUCUGAUAUGAAGAUCCCGCCUCCCAAAAAGAUCGAAACGCCUUAUGGGGGUCGUUUGGUGUGGGAACUGCCCGGGGGUAACAUGCUGAUCGCGCAUUUGAAGGACAACAAAAAAAUACGACACCGGAAAAGAUGGAGUCAGGUGAUGUACAUGUACUACUUCCUGGCCCAUAAACUGCUGUCGAUGGGCGGCAGUAAGGAGCGCAUCCGGACCGUGGCCGACCACACGUUCAUCCUCGCACUCGACGGCGACGUCGACUUUCAGCCGUCAGCGCUGCAGCUGCUCAUAGACCGGAUGCGGCGGAACCCGAACGUCGGCGCCGCAUGCGGCAGGAUACACCCGAUCGGUUCCGGACCUAUGGUUUGGUAUCAGAAGUUCGAAUACGCAGUCAGCCAUUGGCUUCAAAAGGCAACCGAGCACGGGCUAGGCUGCGUCCUGUGCAGCCCCGGAUGUUUCAGCCUCUUUCGGGGCUCCUCCCUGAUGGCCAAAAACGUCAUGAAGCGCUACACGACGCCACCUACAGAGGCACGCCAUUAUGUGCAGUAUGACCAAGGAGAAGACCGCUGGUUGUGCACGCUACUGCUACAGCAAGGAUACCGCGUGGAGUACUGUGCCGCCUCGGACGCUCUGACGUACGCACCGGAAGGAUUCUACGAGUUCUACAACCAGCGCCGCCGCUGGACUCCUUCCACCAUGGCAAACAUCCUUGACCUUCUCAUGGACUUCAAGAACAUCACCAAGCGCAACAGCGAAAUCUCAAUGCUUUACGUCUGCUACCAGAUGCUUCUCAUGGUUUCUUCCAUCCUCACGCCGGGCACCAUCUUCCUCAUGGUGCUCGGUGCCAUCAACAUGGCGUUCCCUCAGCUGUCCUUAUACUGGGCUCUCGUACUCAACCUAAUCCCUGUCGCCAUCUUUAUCCUCUUGUGUUUCGUUGCCAAGAGCGAAACUCAACUUGCAUAUGCCGCCAUCUUAUCGACGGUCUACUCGUUGGUGAUGAUGCUGGUGAUAGUUGGGCUCAUAAAGCAGGCGGCAGAGAACGGCUUCUGUUCCGUCAUCAACAUCUUUUUGUGCUUUGUCGCCGGCGUAAUUAUCAUUUCUGCUUUAAUUCAUCCUCAGGAGUUUUGGUGUAUCUUUCAUGGUUUCCUCUACUUCCUCGCCAUCCCCUCAAUGUCGAUGCUACUGAUGCUUUACUCCAUCGGGAACCUGCACGUGGUGUCCUGGGGAACCAGGGAGGAUCCGAAGCCUGCCGCAGAUCAAAAGCCAGGCGAGUCUGUUAAAACUCUACCGCAAAAGAAAGGGGCGAUGCAGGAAUGGCUUGACAAGAUCGGAUUUGCCGAGGGGAGAGAGGGAAAAUCGGGAUAUAUGUUUGCUUUCGGUAACCUCUUUAAGUGUAUGUGUUGCCCACAAGAGACGCCGGACACCGUGGAUAUUAAACUGAGCGCCGUCUUGGAACGCCUGGAUGACCUUGAAGCUAAGAUCGUUGACCCGCCCGCCGCCGAUCACAAGACUAACGGAAAUGAGUCUGCAGCAUCAUACUUGUUCAAAGAUGCCAAAGAGAGAAACACAGAUGACAACAGCAACCGUGAGCAACAUGGACCGGGUCAAUGGACACAGGACCCUGAUUUCCAGAAGAGCAUCACCAAAAUACUCCCGCCCGAGGAAGAGACCUUCUGGCGGGAGCUUAUCGUCACGUACCUGUUACCGAUGAAACCUGAUAAGAAGCAACAGGAGGAAACGCAGAAGAAACUGAUAGAACUGAGAAACAAGGUGUGUCUAUUCUUCCUCCUCGUGAACGCACUCUUCGUGACGAUCGUGUUCUCCCUACAGCAAGUGAACGCCGACUCGGGCGGCAACAUUUCCAUACAGCUGACUUGCGCAGCCGGAAGCCGCGGGGCGUCCAUUGAGCCCAUCAGCAUCGCGUUCACCGCCGUGUUUGGGGUACUUCUGGCGAUACAGUUUCUAUGCAUGUGUAUCCAUCGUAUGUCCACGUUCCUUGAAAUACUCUCCAUUACGGAUAUUGGACUAUUCACGCCGAAACGCGCGAAGACGUCCGAAGACUCCACUGUCACUGUCAAGAAAGGACUGGAGUUAGUUAGAAAUAUGCAGACGGUAAAAGACGACAACUUGAAACCAGUGGUUUCUGCAGACGAAUAUGUCGCAGGAUCUACAGCCGCUUCACCCGACACAGACGAAGCCGGCAAGACGCAGAAUGUCGUUCGCCAGAAAGAGCUGUUGUCCACUCUGACCCGUCGGCGUCGCGGAGAACAAGAGUACAGAUCGCUUAACGAUACAUUCAGGAACUCCUUAAAAAAAUUACAAAGCCCAGAGUUCAAAUACGACCGGAGAGAGUUCGGAAAAAUUGACCCCAACACUGUCCACGCAAUGACCCAGAUGUCAUUGGACCCCAGAAACAAAAGAUCUAUUAUGCAACGAGGUGUCGUCGUCUCCAAAAGUAGGGGUAUAGUGACCCAAAGCGCAAACAAUGAAUAUCCAAAUGUAUCCUCCACCGGAUCACCGCACGUUACAGCCUGCGAAAUUACUGACAGUCCAUCGAAGGAUAAGUAACGGAAUGGAGUCCGAAAACGAUGUUCUAGUGAAGAAGUCCGCGGUAACACUUCCCCCAAUGAGUAUUUAAGUACAUCCAUAGCACAUUAACGACUAUGUUCAAAGCAUUUACGAAGGUCAUUGCUAAAUGCGUCCAGUAAACUUUAAGUUUGCAUAAACAAAUCUGAUCACAGACGAAAGAAAUUUUAAGUAAGAUACUGAAAAACUAACACAAACGUAAACGCCAAACCAUUAUACAUCAAGGGUAGAAUUCGAAGCGCUCAUCAGUCACCUUAAACGUAAAAGAGAACAAUCGCUGCUGAACAUACAUGAAUUAAUAGAACAUGUAUCAUACUAGUGUUUGUUCCAGCAUUUGAUAUUGUACAUACAAUUAGAGCAAACAUACCGCAAUGAUUGUAGCUGCAAUAAAACAUCUGAAGCCAUUAACUAUAGUGAGGAUACAUUAUUAACGAACAGUUUUUAAUUUUAAAAUACUUAAACAUUUAUGUUACUUUUAAUGUAUGCUUCUGAUGCAUUUGUUUACCAGAUUGUCUUAUAAAUCAUUUUUCAAGACUCCUGUCGUUGUAUGAUUUUAAUCUACUUUGUAUUGUUAUUAUAACUCUUAUUUUGUUUAUGUUUCAUAUUUUGUUUUUAUUUCUGAGGACAGUUCUAUGCUCGAGGUUUGAUGUUUUGGCAUGAUUUGAUUUGUAAAAGACAAAUAACCGUGCCUUUAUUCAAUCAUGUAUUUCAACAUACUAAUCAGAUGUUAUAAAACAUACAUGAUAA